AUGCAAUAUUCCGCACUCUGCCAGACGCCCAAAGAUGGAGCAACAGCCAGCAUUGACAUGCUCGACGCCAACGACAGCCGUGGUUCGGUGUCGACUCAGAACCAGAAAAUCAAACACAAAUCAAUUUCCCAUAAAGAGCUCCGAGGCUUCCCAUGGCGCGUCUUUCUUAUCGUCUCUCUCGUUCCUCUCUGCCUGGCCCCUAUCGUAAUUCUCUCAGCCAUUGCUGAGAUGGCGUCGCAAAACUACAUUCGCGGGCGCUCGUGCUACCCGAACGGACUUUGGAAGGAAGCCGAAGGCGCAACAUGGCGAAUUAUGGACAGCACCUACUUCUUCACGCCCAAUCUUAGCUUUGGCAACAUGACGUUCACACAAGUCAAAGUCAUCGAUAUUGCCUGGGAUCUGAUCAUUGGGCGAGGAGGCCAAAUGUGCCUUGCGUGGGUGAAUUGGAGGGUUUCUAAUGAAUGGCUUGUAUAUCAUCUUGAGAGGUACAAGACGAGUUAUAAAAUGUUUGCGAGUGUGACACUGCAGACGACGAGCCUGACGACGUUGGGCGUGCUGGCGAAAGAGUUCUUGUGCUUCGGGGAGAGGAGUUGGGGCAGGUUCUUCAGGUGGCUGGCCAUGUUCUGCAUGCUCAUCUCGACGUUGUACGUGCUGGCUUUCCCUACUCUAAUGGCAGCCAUGACGGGGUACAUCACGACGUACGAGCCGUAUGUGGAAGACUACAACCACAAUCUGGUUGAGUGGGGGAAAGUGGACGAAAUCGUCAAGUCCAUCAGCGGUGCAGACGGCAUUGGAUUUGAUGAUAUGCAUGUUUGGGUGACUUCCCAGGAUGAGGAGCUGCUCCGCGCCGUGAAUAGGUUCAUUGGUAAAUACUCCAACGCUAGCAAUACACGGACCGAGCAACACACCAUGGGCGAUGGAACCCAAGAAUAUAAUAUGCCUGGAAAAGAACCCAAUGUUACGAUCUUCCGAGUGGGGACUGGAACCAAUUGGGAGUUUGAGGACGUAAUCACAACAGUGCAGAACCCCAACAUCUCGAUCGCCACCUACCUCUCAACCGGCAGAUCCCCUCCGAGACACCACUGCACUUGGUGA